AUGUCUCUCUGUUCCCGGGGCGCAAUACUCAGGAGCCCGAGGCUGAAUUUGCUACGCCUGACUUCGAAAGUGAUCCCUCGAUCACCAACUCAUACGCUAUUUUCCCGCACUCGCGUCGCGCCGCAGAUCAAUGUCGCACCGGACCUCCGCAGUCAAUGUUGCGCUUUCUCGACGACACCUUAUCGACCAGUACAAACAGCAGUUGAUCCCGUGACCGAGGUCCUACCUGUAUGCUGCCCAGGCUGUGGCGCAUUCUCGCAAACGGUGGAAGCAGACGAGCCUGGAUAUUAUAAUACAUCGCGGAAACAGACCCGGAAGCUACUGGCCGCAAGCAAGCAAACCCUCGAACUUGGUAAUAAUGAUACUGUGGAAGUACACCAGAAUGAUACCAUUAAGGAUUCAGAGCCACCUCGUCCCAUUCAAGAUGGAGCCUUCCCAGAUAGAGCUAUUGAGCCUGUUAGUGACUUCCUCGGCUCAUCAAAACGAAUCACUCAUGUCUGUGACCGUUGCCACGACCUGAUACAUCAUAACAAAGCAGUUGCUUCGCCUAAACCAACAAUCCUGUCUAUACGAAACUACCUGGAAGAAUCACCGUACAAAUGGAACCGUGUAUAUCACAUCAUCGAUGCCGCCGAUUUUCCUAUGUCCCUCGUUCCACGGAUACACUGGGCGUUAAAUUUGCAGCAGCGUUCGCAGAACCGACGAGCCGCGCAUGAUAAAUAUUUGCGUGGAAGCAAACUACCAACUAUCUCGUUUAUUAUUACGCGCUCGGAUCUUUUGGCGGCGACUAAGGAUCAGGUCGACUCCAAAAUGGAGUACAUCCGCACGGAGCUCCGAGCAGCUCUGGGCAGGACAGGGAGAGAUGCCCGCCUUGGAAACGUGCAUAUGAUUAGUGCACACCGUGGUUGGUGGACCAAGGAUGUCAAGGAAGAAAUCAGGGAUCACGGCGGCGGUAUCUGGGUUGUUGGCAAAGCCAACGUCGGAAAAAGCAGCUUUAUUGAAGCUUGUUUCCCCAAGGAUUCAAAGAAUAUGGAGAAAAUUGAGGAGUAUAUUGGAACCCGUCGGGAAGAAGAGAUUCCGAACAAGCGACAAGCCUCUCUUGAUGACCCCAACAGCCUGCUACCGCCUGCUCCUCGCGAGGAUUUGUAUCCUGUGCUCCCAGUCGUGUCUUCGCUGCCAGGUACCACUGUCUCGCCUAUCCGCAUUCCAUUUGGUCGCGGAAGGGGUGAGGUCAUUGAUCUCCCGGGUCUUGAGCGCGGCAUGUUGGAGGAUUUCGUGAAGGAUGAGCAUAAGCGGGAUCUGAUCAUGACGAAGCGGGUUAAGCCCGAGCGUUGUACCAUCAAACCAGGCCAGUCUCUUCUGCUCGGUGGUGGUCUCAUUCGGAUCACCCCAAUGAACCCUCAAGAUACGGUCAUGGUAGCCAGCUUCCUACCCAUUGAGUCCCACAUCACCAAUACGCAGAAAGCAAUUGAGAUGCAAGCCGAGAAGCGCCCAUACCGGGGUACUGUUCUCAUGAAAGAAGGCACGGGGAGCUCGAUGGCUUCAGCCGGCAAGUUCGAUAUCAAAUGGGAUGUCACUAGAUCACACCUGCCAACGUCUCUCGCCAAGGCAGUAGCGGACAAGGGAAUCCCGAUUCCUUCACUGCCAUAUCAAGUGAUGUCGGCAGAUAUCCUCGUCGAGGGCUGUGGCUGGAUCGAACUCAGUAUCCAGAUCCGCAGCAAGCGUGGUGCUGAGUCGGACGAAGCAUCCUACCCACAGGUCGAAGUAUUCACUCCCAAAGGAAAACACAUCGGCUCUCGGCGUCCGAUGGAGUGUUGGCAGUUUAUUGCGGACAAGCUCAAACAAGACAAGCGCAAACGCCCGCGCACACGACACCAUUGA